AUGUAUCUAUCUAUCUAUCUAUCUAUUCAUUUUAUCUAUUAUAUCUAUCUAUCUAUCUAUCUAUCUAUAUCUAUUUAUUUGUUCUUAUCUAUCUAUCAUUCUAUCUAUCUAUUUAUUAUCUAUCUAUCUAUUAUUCAUUCAUCUAUUUAUCUAUCUAUCUAUCAUAUUCAGUCAAUCAUUUUCUAUCUAUCUAUCUAUCUAUCAUAUAUUUUAUCUAUCUAUUAUCUAUCUAUCUAUCGUCUGUUCAUAUCAUCUAUUCAUCUAUCUAUCUAUCUAUCUAUCUAUCUUUCUAUCUAUCUAUCUAUCUAUCUAUCUAUUAUUCAUCUAUCUAUCUAUCUAUCUAUCUUUCUAUCAUCCUAUUCAUCUAUCUAUCUAUCUAUUAUCUCAUUUAUCUAUCUAUCUAUUAUCUAUCUAUCUUUCUAUAUCUAUCUUCAUAUUUUUCAUUUUCUAUCUAUAUUUAUCUAUAUAUCUAUCUAUCUAUUUAUCUAUUAUCUUCGUCUAUUUAUUUUAUUUUAUAAUCUAUCAUCUAUCUAUCUAUCUAUCUAUCUAUCUAUCUAUCUAUCUUCGUCUGUUCAUUUUCAUUUUCUAUCUAUCUAUCUAUCUAUCUAUAAAUUAUCUAUCUAUUAUCUUAACUUCAUUUUACAUAUCUUUCUUCACUCUAUCUAUCUAUUUUUAUUCGUCUUUCAUAUGUUCAUCUAUCUUUUUAUCUAUCUAUCUAUCUAUCUUCAUCUAUCAUUUUCUAUCAUAUUUUAA